AUGGAAUCAAACCGAGUUUUAUUAACUCCUGAAGGCUGGGAUGCCAACGACGAUAAAAUGAACCCAGACGUCAGUGAUUUUGAUGAUACGGACAGCGAGUGUAACAGCUCAUCACAAUCAAUCCCUUUAGCCAGAUACCCUUCGCUGGCGGAACUCUCGUCGAUAGCUACAAAUUGCGAGGCGAAUAAAAUGGUUUCUGAUGAGUCACUCGUGCAGGAGGAAAAGAAUUUGCCGGUUGCUGGCAUCGAAGAUUGCAAACAUCAAAUUACAAGUCAGCUGCUGAACAGUGUUUGGAAUCAAGGACUUCCCGCUACCCCGCCAAAGUUAGCAGAUACAUCAAAGAACUGCACAAAUCAAAGCGGUGAUGAUCCACUCACACCUACAGCUAAUCUUAAAAUGCUUGUUAGUGCUGCAAGCCCGGCAAUUCGCGAUCGCGAGAUAAAGAAAAGGGAACUUUUUCCUGGUCAAAAUUCUAACACCUUCGAGGCUCUUCACAUGGCGGCGAGCUCGCUAAUUUCAAAUUCAAAACAGUCUGAAGCACUUGUAGACGAAAAAUUCAUAAAAGAAGAGUCUUCCCAACUUGAUUGCGGAGGAAACAAGAUAACUGUUAGCAGAAAGGACAAAUCGCUUGGCCUUUUGUGCCAGAAGUAAGUAGAAAAUUGGAGAUAUGAGCGUUGCUCGUGAUUAACCGUUUAGCGCCAAAUUUGGCCGAAUUUGGCGAGAGGUGGCAAUGUUUGAAUUUGUAAUGACAGUGGACGCGUUUUGUUUACGCGCCAAAACAGUUGCUGUUUUUGUUCUAUUCUGAUGCUUCCUUGAUGUUAAAUAGUUUAUUUCCCUUGGAGGCGAGAUUAGGACUAAUUUUCACAGAAACCUUCCAUAAAAUUAAAAUUAAAAGGCAAACAGAAAAUGGCAUGACCACAACCUUGCGUUACAUAUGUAAUGGCUUACUCAUUUUAGAAGCUUUCUAAUUAAUGAAGUCACGAUAAUUUAAUUUCUCAAAACAGAAGUCUGGUGGAUAGUAUUUAGAAGAAACAUAACUUGAGACCAUUUGACAUAAGUAGCAAGUAAACAUAAAUGUGUACCUUAAUUUCAAAAUGCAUGUAGCUUAAACUACUGUUUUGUAUUUCUAGACAAGUAUGUAUGCUCUAUUUGCAACAGGUUUCUCUCAAAAUAUCCAGAAUAUCCAAAGAGGAACGAAUUUAUUGAAAUUAGCUUGGAUGACGUCGCAAAGGAUCUCAGUAAGAAAGACUCUCUUAAUAUAAAAUAAAAAGUAUAGAUGAAUCAUAAGACACGAACAUACUCAAUUAUAAGCAGUUCCAAAUAUUUGACAGGUCCAUAGCUUUUAAUUUAGGGCUCUUUUUAAUUUUCCUGGAGCAGAGCAAGACCCCAAGCCUAAAACAGUUGAGAAUUUAUGCAGAGGAUAAGCCAACAAGCAUUUUAUAAGUGAUACUUCAGCAAUCAAACGUCCUUAAUGCAACUAAAGAGCCAACUGCUAAGUGCCCAUUUACAGAGAUGCCUGUUUUACAGAGCUAGAAAUUGUAUGAAAAUAUUGUUUGGUAUCUUUGAUACCAAGGGACAUAUCCAUGAUGGAGAGGUGUGCCAUGUUCAUCAGGAUACCUUUGGCUUUACCUUAGUUUGGGAACUUCAAGGGUGAGAUCUUCUGCAAAAUAUUUCCCGUAUAACCCACACGUGCUUCAUUUGAAAGUAUACUUUCAGUAGUCCAUCAUUCCACUUUAACGUUCCCUUUUUCCUUGGACAUGUGUACCUGCCAAAACAAGCUGAGGUUAGAAUACGAUAUUUUAAGUAAUCAUGUACCGGUAAUUAACAAAUUAUUUGAAAUCUUCUGUAGGUGUAGAAAGAAGGCGUAUAUAUGACAUUGUUAAUGUACUGGAAAGUGUAGAAGUAAUCACCAGAUAUGCAAAGAACAGAUAUGUCUGGCAUGGGAAAUCAAGACUACCAACUACUCUAGUGAAACUCAAGGUAAUUUAGACACAUAUGUAAUGAGCUUACUUCAUUAAGCAAAAGUUAACAUGACAAAUGUUGUGAACCUUUGCAAUAGGCGUGUGACUCAGCAUGUUGGUUGAAUUUUUGUAGCUUUUUGGUACUGGUAUCUAUAGCCACAUUCACACCAAAGCUUAAACAUGGUUAAAAGCUGUUAAGUUAAACAUGGUUCAAAAUUGUCUUCUUCGUAAAAGCUGCAUAUGGACUUCUGGCUAUUGCAAAUUAUGAGCAAAUUACAGAGUAAGUUAAAAUUUAUUUGAAUAUCAUGUACAUGUAAAUAUCUGAGUUCCAGUUUUCCAUCAUUGCUUUUCAUUUUUUAACUUGUUUAGUUGGUGUGAAUGGGGCAUAUAUCAUAUAUCUGGAGUAAUCUUGACUAAAUUAUUGGAACUUUUUUGUUACACACAGAAUUAUGCUGUGUCACAGGGUUUUCAGUUGAAGCCUUCACCUUCAAGGAAAGAAAACCCCAAACCCAAAAAGGAAAAGGUAACUGAUUUUUGUACAUGCUAUGUACUGCUGCUUAACUUGUUACUGACUUGAAAGAGAGCCCCAAACUGGAUCCUUCUUCUAAAUUUCCUUGUGGUGCUUGUAACCAAGGGGCAAACUUUAAGGGAUGUGUGGAAUUGAGCCCUGAUUGACAUCCGACAAAAACCCUAGAUUCUCUGAGGAGUUUUCCUUAUGAGUCAAAGGGAGAAUUUGACCUCUGCUCAUAGCAGUGUCAUGAAGUUCUGAGGCAACCAUAGCAAAUCAAGAUUCACCUGUGACAUCUGACAAAGGAGCCUUUAAACUCAUUUCACAUACUCCUUCAUUUGAUGUCAUUAGGAGUUGCUCAGUAGAACUUCACUCCUGCCACCCCUUCAAGUGUUUGCAUUGUUAUCAAGGAUGUACCUAAGGAAAAGCUAAGCAUGCAGGUGUAUUCUGAUUUUUGUUAGUCUAGCCAGCUUUUUACUUAACUUCAACUUAGAAAUUACCCUAUGUCUUUGUUUUCCUGUGUUAUUUACAUCAGGUGUAAGCUCAUUUUUGGCUGAUAAAAUUGCCAACAGCCACCUUCUAGAUAAAACCCUGUGUUGUUCACAUUAACAGAUGUAGGUUUUAAAAAGCUAACAAGUGAGUUGAUAUAACAUAUUGCAUAUUUCAGGCAAAGAAGGCUCCAAUCAUUCCACUGCCUUCCAAAUUGCCUUUACUUCUGCCAAAGGACACAAAUGUCAUGAAUCUUGUCCACUCCCUAACUCCAACAGUAGGGGUGGAUCAAAGUCUUAUGCCACCACCACCCAUGCAAGACACUGCAGCAGAUGAAAGCACCAACAAAAAGCCAAAGUACAAAGGUAUAAAAAUGUCUUUGAGAAUUUAACAGAUUAGCAUUUACUCUUAUUCUACUUAUAAAUCAGGCAUUUUCUUUCAAAUUCUUUUCUAAAAUUUGCUUCCUUAACAAUAGUUUGGCAUUGUAUGUUUAUGCAACACUUUUGAUUCUUUCUUUAAUAGCUAAUGCUUGAUUUUCAAAAUUCGAACCUGACUACUUAUUCAUAGGCCUAACAAAGAGAUUUGCAAAUCCUGAUUACCAGAUGUGAGAAAAAAGAAAACCAGACAUAGAAACAUGACCAGAAAGCCUCAGAGUCAUUUUUUAUUUUGAUACAGUGACUCUCUCUUCAUGGACACCUCUGUAAGAUGGACACCUGUAAAACGGACACCUAGAGUUGGUCCCUGCCUUUUUUUACUCCUUUUAUUUGACUCUCUAUAAGAAGGACACCUCUCUAAAACGGACACUUAGUGCCGGUCCCAAAGGUGUCCGUCUUAGAGAGAGUUGACUGUAUAUCAAGUGUGGGCUAUUUUUUAUAGAAACAUAAUAGUUUAUCAUUAGGAGCAUGUUAUUUGAUAUCCAGACAGUCACACCAUGGUGAGUAAACUAGGUUUUUAAACUGAUUUUGUCUUUGAGGUGUCUGGAAAUCACACAACUUGACAUAGUUACCAAAAAGGUCCAUAAAAUAAAAGCAAAAACAAGUGCAUUUAUUUUGUGGAUCACAUUUCCAAGUGAAGAUUUAAAGCAACAUUUUUUUAUGAUUUUGAAAGAAUGUGCUUCUGAAAAUGUCUUGGCGUUUCUUAAGGUUCAUGCUUGCCUCACCUUCAACUUUGUCACUAAACUUCUUUUUUACUGUGUUUUUAUUAUUUCUGGACAGAAAACAUAAGUGAGUACUGCAGAAAAGACAAGUCCCUAGGAGUCCUCAGUCAAAAAUUCUUAAUGAUGUUUCUUGUUUCUGAGGUAAAGUCAAGCUCACAUAGAGGAUAUUACAUGGCCGCACGGAGAUAUGAAAUUUGUCUAUUUUUUCAACACGCGGAGAGAAAUUUUGCAUCUCCAAGCAGCCAUGUAAUGUUCUAUUUAUUAUAUAAACACCAAUGAAAUACUAAACCAUUUCGCUUUAAUAGUUUUUUGGUGUGAAAGGUGCGAAUUAUUACGUAGCCAUAGCAAAGGUGAUAUUUUCACAUGUGAAGAUAUCAAGUUUUCGCGCAAAAGCUCACCUGGUAUUUCAUUGGUUUUUAUAUAAUAAAUGUUGUUAUUAACCACGUAAUAUUUCAUUAUUUUGUUAUACUACUACAUGAUAAAUUUCUGCCAUUUGAUUGGCUUAGAGCAGUGGUAUUUCAGCUUAAUUUGAAAUACCUACAUGUGAAAAUUACAAACCUUUUUGGGGUACUGGUAUAUUGUUUGUAUGUUUCUUGGUGGAAACAUAGUCGAUAAACAAUUAUUGAUGAGGUUUUUGUGAUAUCCGAAUAAUCAAGAUCGAGAAUGUUAUCAUUCUUAUGAGGCUGAUAACACUAACCGAGACCUUGAUUAUUCCUGAUAUCACAAAACCGAAUCUAAUAAUUGUUUUAUUAUACUUUAUCUUCAAGUAAUUUCUCAAUUUCUUGGUGGGUCGAUUCUUACUGCUGUCCGCGAACUUGACAUUGCUGUCCGUGCACUUGACAUUGCUCUUGAAAAUCAUGCAUUAGUGCACAAGAGAACCUACAGAUUAUUCACUAAUCUGUAGGUACAGAUUAGUGAAUAAUCUGUAGGUUGCGCUGUUUCCCAGAAUUAACUGUAGGCUUUUAGCCAAUGAGAAGACAGAUGGUGACUACAAUGUAUAAUAAUACCAAAUAUCGCUGCAAAUCAUGCUGUUACCUAUACUAAUAACAAGAGAUGUUUACAAUGACAAAAAAAAAUUAAUGAUACACAAAGGUUAAACAGAAUUGUCACUUUUGCUCAAUCAGAAUCGAUAUGUAACUUUGGAGGAUGCAGCCAAUGUCUUGAUAGGAGAUGAAGAAGAAGGCCAGACAAAGUAUAAAAGUAAGAUAAUUUACACAGCCAAAUCAGUUUCGACUUUGUUUGUAAAUCUACGUUUUUAACCAUUACUCACCUUAAAUCAAAUAAAGACAAACCUCCAUGUGCAGCCACCUCUUGUGAACAUCCAUCACUCAUAGCAACCAUCUAUCCAAAACACCAAAAUAUUCCCAGUCAAAGCCUCAUAGUUGGAACCUUUUGUAAGCAACAGCAACUACUCUUUGGGGUGAUGGUUUUAAAAUUUUCCAUUUUUUUUAACCUCUCGUGGGCAACCACUAGAUGGAUGAUCUGACAUCUUUGUUUGCAGUACAUACUAUGCUACUUAGAGUAUGCAAAAAACUAUUAGUGACAAUUUGGAACUAUCUAUUUACCCCGGUUGCAUCACUUAAGGAGAACCCUAAACAUGUUCAUGACAAAACUUUUUUCCUCAACAGCUAAAGUUCGACGACUCUAUGAUAUUGCCAACAUUUUGUCAAGUCUCCAGCUUAUAGAAAAAGUUCAUAUUCAUAGCAUUCAGACUGGAAGGAAACCUGGUUUUAGAUGGAUAGGAAUUGACCCUGACAAGUUAGAACUAGUGGCCUAUACCCAAGGUAAGUAUACCACGCAUAAAAAAUCUGUUCCUUUUGCCAUAGCUUCGCUGUUAAACUUCAAAACCAGAAAUAAAAAAGUUCUCAGUUAAGGCACUACAGUUGAAACCUAAGUGAGCAACCAACAUUUUCCACUUGUUUAAACUUGCAGAGAGAUUAAGGUAAUGUGAUGCCAUGGGUCUUUAAGUUUGUUCUUUUGUAAUGACAUGUACAUUUGUACCAUCAGUCGACAUCGAAGAUGAAAAUUUACAAAACACUUGCCCUUCAGGCAAGUUACUAGCCUGUACAGGAUACUGGAGAGCACUUUUGUUGCACCAUGGCCAUAGGAAUAAAAUUGUGGGUAUGGGGGUCCACAAGGUACUGUUACUAGUGGUACCUCAAGCUGGAGGGCCUGCCCAAGGAGAAAGGUCUAGAGGAACCAUCCAAGCCUACAAAAAAAUCACCCGGGCACCCAGGCCAGCCCCACCUGCCCCCUCAUGGCUUCAUAUUCAGACAUCCUUUUGGCUCAUCCCACGAUCCUCUCCAGUGUUUGGAAGGAUUCAUGAUUGUGUGAUGUGCCAAAAGGAUGUCUGCAUCUGCACCUUCUCCGAUACGCCUUAAAAUUUUAUGUAGUUCAUGGAAUUUGCCACUCCUUAGUAAAAUUGUAAAGUGCAAGUCCCGAGAAGUAGUGUAAUUUCCUCACAAAGAAGAAAGAAGUUUCUGUACCAUAAAGUACUUAAGUAUUGAACUGUUUGGUUUGAUUUCAAUCUAUCCUUUUUCCCUUUAGAUGAAAUUCAAAAACCACCAUCAGUAAAGAGAAUCUGCGCAGAGAAAAGCCGUGGCCUUGAUGAAGGAGAAAGUAAGUGGAGAACUUUAAAUAUGCCACAAAUAGAGUGAUAUGAUACUGCUACAUCUUGCACUGCUAGUCAAACACACGCAUACAGUCCAAGUUCUAAAGAAAAAAAAUCGUUGAAGAUUAAAAAUGGGACACUUACCGUGAGAUUCCUUGAAGAAUGUCUGUUUACAUUCUCCACUCGUUCCCGGUCCCUCGCAGAUUUUAAUUCAAGGAAAUUCCAGUUUGCGGAUUGCGUGACACAUGUUGUGUUAUCUUUGACAGGUGCUGUAGGGCGCCUUAUAAGGCGGAGGCCGAGUCAACAGCAGCUCAGAUCAGAGGAUCCAGAUGCCAGCAAAUGCAAGCUGCCUCGUUCACAAUCAGAAAGAAUUCUUGGUACUAAAAAACAUUGUGGUGGCGAGGAAGAUGGCUUUUCAGUUCAAGAACUUACAGCCUCUUACGGUAAGUUCAUUUAUGGGUGUACAUUGCACAAAUACGGCCCAGAGAAGGCGAUGUUGGUUAUAUUGUAAUAUAUUUACUGUACUGUGAUGUAAGGUUUUCCAGAAACUAAACUGGCAUUUUUCCCCCCCUGAAUUGACAGGUGCUGAUCUGUCUGCCGCAAGCCCGACAGAAGCAAAAUUCCGUGCAGAGCUGAAGAAACUACACCAGCAAUACCCAGAUCAUAUCCUUUUAUUUACCUGGUUAUUUACUCACGAUCUUUUCACUUGGCCGGUUUUCGAACUGUAACCUAAAAGGAACAAUUUUCCCCAUCUCGGGAGGGGAAAGGAAACUAAACUCAAAACGAGGGUCAAGGACAAUCCUUCGCGGCUCACUCGCGUGUAACCUUCCACUUUCAACACUCUUAAACACCACUUGCAAGGAUCCAUGCGAGUUUUUGACCGGUACGGUUCCACCUCUACGCGGACACGUGUAAACACCCGAACCGCGCACAAUUUGCGCGGUAAACGCGUGGAGCCUAUUUACGCGCCUGUGAUAAAAGAAAAGCCAUUCCAAUGCUGACAAUGGCAAAAAUUUGUACGGACUCGUGUAAACAGCAAUGUAACAUUACACAGGGCUGUUUAUUAGGGAACUUAAGCACCAGACGUUUUCUACGGGGCGACGGCAACCGGAAGUCAAAUUUACUUCCGAUCCACGUUUCCCGCCGACAGAGUCGGCCGUCGCGACUCUGCGCCGACUUUGUUUUGCUUAUUUUGACGUCGCCUGUAAAACGUGAGUUUUGCUUUUAUGAUUUUCGUGCUUUUAUAUCAUUUUGCCUGCGAUGUUUUGCACUUAGUGAUACGUAAAAUUUUAUUCUGUCGUUUUGGCGAUUGUAGGAGCGAUUGUCGUGUAUUACAGGUCUGUUUUUUUUAACUUUUUAGGCUCUAUAGCGUGAAGAUGGCUACCAAAAAACAACCUGUAAUGGAAUGGACAGAUGACCAUGACAUUCUCCUGUUGCGUGAAAUGAUUGCUACCGAAUUUUUUCAGUGCAAGAAAGGCAGUCCAGACCGUGGCAAAAUCUGGGAGUCAAUCCAGGAAAGAUUGAACAAGCUUGAUAAUCCAAAAUUUAUGAUAGAGGAGAAGAGGGGAGUCAGAGACCGAUGGAAUCUGCUUCAGGCCAAGUUUAAACGCACGCAACGAGAAGAGCUACAAGCCAGUGGCAUUGAUUGCGAGUUAUCUGAGAAGAUACGCUAAUAGAAGAGUUAUGUGAGAGAAGAUAGCUUUUCGGCCAAAGACAAGAAAAAAAAGUCAGAUGAUAAAGAGGCAGCUGAAGAAAUCAGAAAGAAAGCCAUGGAACGCAUGAAAAGAAAAUCAACCGAAUCUGCUGGCGGCAGCGCCAAAAGAGCCGAAGAAGCGGGGUGAUGCGGUUGAAUUCUUGAAAGAAAAAGCUCAAAGUGAGUAUUCCAUUCGCCAACAGGAGCUAGAGCUGCAAAGAAAGGAGCAGGAAGUAAGGGCCAGACAACAAGAGCUACAGAUUGAACUGCUACGGAAGCAAACAGAGCAGCAAGUGCAAAUUUCACAGGCAUUGAUGACCAUGAUGCAAAAUAUGGUUAAGAAGUAAGAUCUUAGGUUAGAUCAUUCAAGAAAGAACACUUUAAUCGUCCUUUACAAAUUUUGUAGUUUAACAGUUUAUACACGUUAAUUAUAGUCCCUUGAGUUAGGGACAAAGCAUUGUGUUUACGAAAAUGGGCUGUCUGCCUGCCUCUUCUGAGUCAAGUUUUGAUUUAACAAUACAGCUCAUAUUAAGCUUAUGUGCUGUAAGAACUUAAAAACAAACUGUUCAUUACUUGGCAGUCAGCCUUUGUGUUUUGCUGUGUUACGUUUACUCAUUUGUCGUAAGUUUUAAGUAUGACUCUGGUCUUUUUAUUCCAGUAAACCACUGUCCUUUAAAUCAGGAAACACUACUGAUAUGUAUGUUUACUUUCACUGAAAUAAAUUCAUUCAAUACAUUUGAUUUAUGUGAAGUAGUCCUGUAAGGAAGGAGGGUUUAGCCCAAAAACUCCGAGGUGCUGUUUCCAUAUAAGCAGGUUAUUGCAUUGUUAAGAAUAGCACAGACUAGGUACAUUUUUCCAACACUGCUCAUGCCAAUUUUUAAAUUCUUUUUGAAGUCCAAGAAUUUAAAAUCAUUAAUAACAUCGCCAAAGAGCCACUCGACAGUCACUCUGACAGAACUCAUCUCUGCAUUAUAUGCUUCCAUCGCUGGGGUUAGUAUACCAUGACGAAAUGGUGCCUGAAGGUGCACACGUAAAGGGUAAGCAGGGUCGCCAAACACACACAUAGGCUCUCCAGUGGGGAAAAUGCAUUUUGCUCGAGCUCAUGAAGAAGGUUGAGUCCACCAGCAUACUAGCAUCAUGCUUUUUUACCCUCUGCAAGCAAGAACAAUAAUGACAAUUAUCAUAAUCAUAAGUUAAUAAUAAUGAUGAUUAUUAUUCUUAUGGCACACCACAACUUUAUUCACAGUUGGGGUACUUGGCUGGAAAUAGAUCAGACCCCAACAGGGGUCUAGGGUCACCAAAUGUCACAGGACCGUCUCAGCAAGUGCAUUCAGUCCUUGUUUGUUUCAUGCCCCUUCUACAACAGAAUCUUCCUGAGAAUGUGUGCUGUUAUUAUUAUUAGUGAGCCCAAUAAAAUUAUUACAUUAUCAUUAUUUAUUAUUAUUAUUAUUAUUAUUAUUCAUCUUUUAGCCUUUUUAAUCUUUGUAAUUAUUGUGAAGUUUUAAUAAAGUUUUAUAUUUUAUAAAAAAAAAUUAUUAUUAUUAUUAUUGUUAUUGUUAUUGUUAUUAUUAUUAUUAUUGUUAUUAGUGGGCACUUACUGACAAAAGUGUGAAUAAACAAAGAAACAAGGCAACACAGACCCUCUCUCUACCAAAAAGCAGCCUACUAUAUUGUGAAAAAAUCUUUGUAAUAAAAAAAUAAUGUAGAUGACUAACAUACCAACAGGGCCAUACAUAUUCCCAAUGAGCCCAUUUGGUAGUGCAACAGACUGGAAUUUUAAUGAGUGAACACGUUUGUGACCGUUAUACACAAUUCUUUGCUGUUGAUCUGGACGAGCGAUCGGUCUCACUGUCCCAUCUAUGAAUCCAAAACAAUUUUCUAGUGGGGCGCCUUUUGCAUGUAUGACAUCAGCAUACUCCUGUAACAACUGAGGGUUCAAAAUAUCGUCAUUCCAUUGAGAUAUUCUGUGGCUGUGAUUGUUGAAAAUGUUGUCCAUGACUUCGUUCGUAAUCAUGCAUAACUCUGGAACUGGUCUUCCAAACCGGCUGAUCAUAUCUGAAUAGCGGCAAGGGUAAGAAAACCUUCUCAGUAGCAUGCAUAAACCUUCAAUUCUAUCACAGAUUGUUCUUUGUGGACAAUGGAUGUUCAUUGGUAGUUGAAGAACGUUUGCCAGCAAAGGGAUGUCUUGUUUUUGGACUCUGAACUCUGCCAAACACUCGCUUUCGUCAACGUUUUCAAGAUCAAAUCUUGCAUACGAACUGUACGGAAAAUCAGGGUUCUUGCAACGGUAGCUCUCCCACAAGACCAAGAAUUCUUCACCAGAAAUUAUUUUACUAUCAUACGCUAGUAACAGCAUCUCUCUUGUUUCACGAAAAGACAUUUUCACAGGUUUUUUUCAAGCUUUCGAGACAGGUUUCGAAUGGGUUGCCGUCGCAAAAAUACUUCUUUGCUUAAGUUUGGAUUUUGGCGGGAACGACGGCGCCCUCUUACCCAGGCUCGCUCGUUUGUAGACGUCGCCGUCGCCCGAAAAACGUCUGGUGCUUAAGUUCCCUAUUAAGAGACGGGGGCCAGGGAUAUUCACCGGCUACUAUGAACGUGGCCCACUUAAAGAAAUCCCUAGCUGUUUGAUUCCCCGCCUACUUUGUUGUAUUUCCCUGGCAACUUGAAAUCUUAGUGACAGCCUUGAUUACAGAAUUUUCGCGAUAGCGUGUAAACGGGUUGCACAGGUGAAAAAUUCGCCCGUUCAAAAUUUGACUAGACCCGUGUCAACGGGUUCAUAGUGGAGAAUUUGCUCUCGAUGUUGAAGAUUUAUCGGUACUUAAUUUGUCAAACUCAUGAUUAUCAACGGCUUUUUCAACCCGAGAGAUCAUUUGCAAACUUAAUGUACCCUUUCUGGAUUAUUUUUGGUUCUUUUUACCCUUAACUCUUCUCACGAAUGUCACAGCUGCUGUCUGCGUGCAGACACUCGGAUGAUUUUGAUGCCAGAAAAAGUCGGCGGUCACUGUUUAUCUCUGGUACAGCAGAACCUGAAGAUGCUCCAGAACCCAAGCGAAGGCGAAGCGCCGACGAUUUUUCGACAAUCCAGCAGAAGACCGACAACGGAUUUUCACAUUCAUCCACUUCGCCGUUCAAAAGCAUUGACGAUGGAAAAAGAGAUCUUACGCUCUGCAGCCCAAAACAAUCAACUCCAAAGGCUUCUCUUGAUCAUUCCUCUCCUGAACAAAAGAUUCUACUGGAGAGACAGAAACAACAGAAACUGUUAGAAGAGCAACGAGGAUUUGAUUCACAGGAUGAGCGGUGGAAACGCAUGGAACGUGAGUUAGAGAAGGCAUUUCCUAACCCAGGACCAAGCCGUCCUAUGAUGGUACACCAAUCGUCGUCUCCGUUACCUUAUGAUGAGCUUGUAGAACAGUCUUCAGUUGCCAUUCAGGCGAGUCUUAUCGACGACGUAAGCCCUCUAAAACCACUUAGCUAUUACCGCAAGUUAAAGUCCCCGUGGAAAGACCCUGGAUCUUUACAAAGCUCCCGUCAGGCUUCUUCCACGCCCUCGCCCAUUCAAUUUCAGAACAACUGUGCACUAAAUUCCAUGUCCAAUCCGCACGCGUUGACGCCGACUCCUAUUCUUCCAGCCACUGAACGCCCCAUUCAAGUUAACAACGCGUGUCCUAGUAACACUAUCUUCCUUCAGAUUCCUGCCCAACCGGGUAACGGAGGGCCAGUCCUUUGGGCCACAGCCACACCUCCCUCGGGCAAUUCCACGCCUUCUCCUGACCAGCUAAUCAAGGUAAUGGGGCAAACAGUCAACACACCACUGCUGUAUAGUCCCAGGUCUCUCACUCCUACUCCAGAGCCUGGUAAUGUGGAUUUGUCCCAAGUGUCUUCAGUAGUUGAAUUCACGACACCUUGCGUGACAAUGGGUGACGUCCAGCAACCAUUGGCGGCAAACCAACCAGUAAAUUCGGGUAACGCAAUCCCAUCGAAUCAAGCCUUAACCAUUCAACUUCCAACCAUGCAUCACCUUAGCAGCGCUGAAAUGUUCUCUUCUUCUCCAGUAUCUGGAAGUUUGGCCCACCUUCAGUUUAACACCCCGGUGAUGAAACUCACAGACAUUAACAAAGUUGUUCCUAUAGAAACACCCACCACCACGGUCCAACUUUUAGCAGAUGUUUCUAAACGUCUAUCUCUUCCUCUAAACAGUCAUCAACCCAGUUAGGUGAAUAAGAAUUAUUCUAAUUUAAUGGUCUUCGACGCUUUUGUGAAGUUUAGAUGUUCUUGAAAAACAAUGAAAUUUUCUUGAUAUGGCUGUUUGCCUUACGUCAAGUAAACUGGAACAGAUUACUUCUUGACAGUAAUCCUUUAGACAUACUUCGCUGAAAGCGCCGUUAAAGGACAAAAAAGUUGAAUUCAUAGCACUUGAGGAGACAGUCUCAAGGCCGAAAUCAGGAUGUUGAUAGUGGUAUCAAAAUAGAAGGAAAAAGAUAACUAACGCCGGAACGCAAGAUAAUAUAAAAAAAUCCUACUUUUCAUAAGAAUUCUAAUUGAUUUCUCGACACCGACUUCAAAUUUUUCGAAGAGUUUUUUACCUUUGCAACACUUUUCUACCCAAUUCCUGUAUCUGUUUCCAGUUUAGAAUAUUUUUAUCAAUAUUUUGUAUACAUUUUUUGGCACAAAAAUUAGAUAGAAUUUUAGUAUGUUGGCCGCCCAUCAUAAGUUUUAGAG